CCUAAGUCUCGCGAUAUCUGCGGGUGGCAACUAGUCUUGGUGACCGUCUCUCUGAGGGCGCGGGACGUUAGCUAGGCGCUCGUCAGGCCCUCGCGGGAUGGGGGACAACACCAGCCCCAUCAGCGUGAUUCUUGUGAGCUCCGGCAGCAGGGGCAAUAAGCUACUCUUCAGGUAUCCCUUCCAGAGAAGCCAGGAGCACCCGGCGGCCCAGACAAAUAAACCACGUAGCAGAUAUGCUGUCAACAACACAGGUGACCAUGCUGAUGACCAGGACGGUGACUCCAGCAAGCCAUGUCCUCCAACCGAUGAGCAAUUGGUUGCAGGGUUUUCAGAUGUUAUACUGGCAACAAUUUUGGCAACCAAGUCUGAAAUGUGUGGCCAAAAAUUUGAACUGAAGAUAGAUAAUGUGCGGUUUGUUGGACAUCCCACGCUGCUGCAGCAUGCCCUGGGGCAGGUCUCCAAAACAGAUCCAUCCCCAAAGAGGGAAGCACCUACCAUGAUUCUUUUUAAUGUGGUAUUUGCACUAAGGGCCAAUGCUGACCCAUCAGUGAUAAACUGUCUACAUAACUUGUCCCGGCGCAUUGCCACUGUGCUGCAGCAUGAGGAGCGCCGCUGCCAGUACCUCACUCGAGAGGCCAAGCUGAUUCUGGCUCUCCAGGAUGAGGUGUCUGCUGUGGCUGAUGCAAAUGAAGGUCCUCAAUCCCCAUUCCAUCACAUUCUGCCCAAGUGCAAGCUGGCCAGGGACCUCAAAGAAGCUUAUGACAGCCUGUGCACUUCUGGUGUGGUCCGGCUCCAUAUCAACAGCUGGCUGGAAGUGAGCUUCUGUCUGCCCCACAAGAUCCAUUAUGCAGCCUCUAGUCUGAUCCCUCCAGAAGCCAUUGAGCGGAGCCUGAAAGCUAUCCGCCCAUACCAUGCCCUGCUGCUUCUCAGUGAUGAGAAGACCCUGCUGAGUGAGCUCCCCAUUGACUGCUCCCCAGCUCUGGUGCGGGUGAUCAAGACUACAUCUGCUGUGAAGAACCUACAACAGCUGGCCCAGGAUGCUGACCUGGCUUUGCUGCAGGUUUUCCAGCUUGCUGCUCAUCUGGUGUAUUGGGGCAAAGCUGUCAUCAUCUAUCCACUGUGUGAGAACAAUGUCUAUGUUCUUUCUCCCAAUGCCAGCUUGUGCCUGUACUCCCCACUGGCUGAGCAGUUCUCCCACCAGUUCCCAGCCCAUGACCUGCCUUCCGUCUUGGCCAAGUUCUCCUUGCCGGUCUCCUUGUCAGAGUUCAGGAGUCCUCUCGCCCCUCCUGUCCAGGAGACCCAGCUCAUCCAGAUGGUAGUGUGGAUGCUACAGCACCGGCUUCUCAUCCAGCUGCAUACCUAUGUCUGCCUGAUGGCCUCACCCACUGAAGAGGAGCCCCGACUGCGUGAGGAUGAUGCUUCUUUCACGGCCCGGGUCGGGGGCCGCAGCCUCAGCACACCCAAUGCCCUAAGUUUCGGCUCUCCAACCAGUAGUGAUGACAUGACCCUCACCAGCCCCAGCAUGGACAACUCCAGUGCAGAACUUCUCCCUAGCGGGGACUCGCCACUGAACAAGAGGAUGACAGAGAACCUGUUGGCCAGCCUGUCAGAGCAUGAGCGGGCAGCUAUCCUCAGCGUGCCUGCAGCUCAGAAUCCUGAGGACCUUCGCAUGUUUGCCAGGCUUCUUCACUACUUCCGUGGUCGCCACCAUCUGGAGGAGAUCAUGUACAACGAGAAUACUCGGCGCUCCCAGCUGCUCAUGCUUUUCGACAAGUUCCGCAGUGUGUUGGUGGUGACUACUCAUGAGGACCCCGUCAUUGCUGUCUUCCAGGCGCUGCUCACAUGAGUCCAGACAGAGGAUGGAGAGGUUGCUGGAUGUGUAGGUGGAUACUAGCCUUCACUCUGUCUCAAGGCUCCAGCAGGGUCUGAGUCUUGUCACUGAGGCCUGGCAGUGGGUGGACUGCCAGCUCUAGCCUGACUGAAGUCUGCAGAACAUAGCCUCACAGCAGCUCCCUCAAAGUGGUCAAGAGCAGCUGUGGGACAGCCACCCUCUGGGCUCUUACUGUUUGUUUUUAUGUAGCCCAGGCUGGCCUCAAAUGUACUGUGUAACCAGGGAUAACCUUGAACUCCUGAAUCUCCUGUCUUUACCUCCCAAAUGGUAGGAUUAUAGGCAUGUACUACUCUUUCAUCAGGUCUUUACAGCACCUUCACAUUGCCAAGCUGGAAGUGGUUUUCCAAGACCUGUGUCUUUGAGGUCUAGGUCCUUCAAAUGCACACAGGCUUGUCUUCCUGACAUCCUAACCUGUCUGCCCCUUACGUAGCUUCCCUGGAAAAUGUGCAAAAACACACUUAUUCAUCUAUGCUCCUCUGGUGGUCAACAAUGUGAGAUCUAAGCAUGUAAUCCA